AUGGCAAACGAACAUCUGACGCUGCUCGAUAUCAUGGAGAAACAUGUCCCGCAUGCUGAGUUCGCAUUCUUGUCCGCUUGUCACACCGCCGUCGGCGAUAAGGAGACGCCCGACGACGUCAUUGGCACGCUGUGGGAGGUCGAUGAUUCUGUCGCAAAGCACGUCGUCAAAGCAUUCUACGAGAAUUUGGUGGUCAUGGACUGUACGAAGGCGGCCUGGGCACUCAACCGUGCUACGCACGCUGUGAAGACGAAAGUCCCGCUUGAGCAGAGGAUGGUUUUUCUUCAUAUCGGUGUGUAG